AUGGGAUGUGGAAUGAGGUGUUCCAAGGGGCUGAAAAUCUGUUGUGGUGUCACUGCCAUUCUUCUAAUAAUAUUGGUAGUAAUAGCUGUUGUAUUAUUUUUCACCGUUUUCAAGCCCAAAGACCCCGAAAUUAUCCUGCAGUCAGUUAAGCUUGAAAGGUUCCACCUUAUCUGGCCAACCGCGGAACUAGAUGUAUCAUUAGGCAUAGAGGUCACAGUUCAAAACCCCAACCAUGGAAGCUUUAGCUACCAUAACAGCACAGCUUAUCUUAAUUAUUGUGGGAAUCUUGUGGGUGAAGCUCCCGUACCUGAAGACACUAUUCUUGCUCAUCAAGAUCAUAACAUAAGCACAACUUUGAAUUUUUUUGCUGAAAUCAGUAAGUUUAAAGAUUUACCCAGUGAUUAUGAUAGGGGCGUUAUAAAUUUUACCACAACGACCACCUUACUUGGGAAAGUCAGAAUAUUGGACCUCUUCAAGAUCAAGGCCACAAGUUACUCCACCUGUGAUCUCGCUAUAUUUGUACAUGACCAAAGCGUCAAUUCCACGUGCGACACAAACAUCAAAUUAUAA